AUGAACAGAGAAGUCCCAGAGGUGUUUCUCGCAGGUGGAGACCUGGUGCCCCGAGGCCACACUCGCCGCUGCCUCUCUGUGGUCGAGUCCAGAGCACAGCUGGAAGAAGAGGAGGAGGAGGAGGAGAAUGAGAAGGAGGGGGAAAAAAAGGAGGGUGAAGCCUUCCAUGCUGUACCCCUCCGAAGGUCAGGCGCUUUUCGUGCCCACAGCCACAGCUAUGACCCCUUCAAAAGGCAUAGCUGGGGGCCAGGCAGGGAGCUCCAGGAUCCACUGAGCAGGAACAAACUGCAGGCAUCGGGAUGCACAGGCCCCGAGGAGCCCUCCUUACUGCGGAGCCAAGAGGAACUGGACCCCUUUCUGGAGCUGCAGCACCAAGGUGGCCAAUCCUCCUGCGUGGACCAUUCAGACAUUCUAUUUCUUCUAGAUUCAGUUUUGGAUCAGGGUUCCAGUCACCCACCAGCUGGCCCUUUGGACCACUCAGGCACUGGUAUGCUUUCCAAGUCUGUAUCCAUGAGUGGCAUCAACUGCUUCUUGGGCUGCUCAGACCCAGCUGGGAAUUUGUCCCAGUCUUCUGCUGCUGACCUCAGCCAAAGCUGCAGCCAACUGGAAGGGGGCUCAGGUACCUGGGCAGGCUCCUCCCUGCGACGGACACUCAGCUUCAUCUUGGGCAUGACCGGGAAGGCCAAGACCCGGGAAAAGGAGAAGAUGAAGGAAGCCAAGGACGCCCGCUACACCAAUGGGCACCUCUUCACCACCAUCUCCGUUUCGGGCAUGACCAUGUGCUAUGCCUGUAACAAGAGCAUCACAGCCAAGGAAGCCCUCAUCUGUCCAACCUGCAAUGUGACUAUCCACAACCGCUGUAAAGACACCCUGGCCAACUGUACCAAGGUCAAGCAGAAGCAACAGAAAGCUGCCCUGCUGAAGAACAACACUGCCUUGCAGUCCGUCUCACUUCGCAGUAAGACUACCACUCGGGAGAGGCCCAGCUCAGCCAUCUACCCCUCCGACAUCCGGCAGUCCCUGCUCGGCUCCCGCCGUGGCCGCUCCUCGUUGUCUUUAGCCAAAAGCGUCUCCACCACCAACAUUGCUGGACACUUCAAUGAUGAGUCUCCGCUGGGGCUGCGCCGGAUCCUCUCACAGUCCACGGACUCCCUCAACAUGCGGAACCGGACACUGUCGGUGGAGUCCCUCAUCGACGAAGGUGCUGAGGUGAUCUACAACGAGCUGAUGAGUGACUUUGAGAUGGAUGAGAAGGACUUUGCAGCUGAUUCCUGGAGCCUUGCGGUGGAUAGCAGCUUCUUGCAGCAGCAUAAGAAGGAGGUGAUGAAGCAGCAGGAUGUCAUCUAUGAGCUGAUCCAGACAGAGCUACACCACGUGCGGACACUGAAGAUCAUGACCCGCCUCUUCCGCACGGGCAUGCUGGAAGAGCUGCAGCUGGAGCCGGCAGUGGUCCAGGGCCUGUUCCCCUGUGUGGACGAGCUCACUGACAUCCACACACGCUUCCUCAGCCAACUGCUGGAUCGCCGGCGCCAGGCCCUGUGCCCCGGCAGCACCCGGAACUUCGUCAUCCAUCGCUUGGGGGACCUACUCAUCAGCCAGUUCUCAGGUCCCAGUGCAGAGCAGAUGCGGAAGACCUACUCAGAAUUCUGUAGCCGCCACACCAAGGCCUUAAAACUCUAUAAGGAGCUGUAUGCCCGAGACAAACGCUUCCAGCAGUUCAUCCGGAAAGUGACCCGCUCGGCGGUGCUGAAGCGGCAUGGGGUGCAAGAGUGCAUUCUGCUAGUGACUCAGCGCAUCACCAAGUACCCGGUGCUCAUCAACCGCAUCCUGCAGCAUUCCCACGGGAUGGAGGAGGAGCGCCAGGACCUGACCACGGCCCUGGGGCUGGUGAAGGAGCUGCUGUCCAACGUAGAUCAGGAUGUGCACGAGCUGGAGAAAGGGGCCCGCCUGCAGGAGAUCUACAACCGCAUGGACCCUCGGGCCCAGGCCCCGGUUCCUGGCAAGGGCCCCUUUGGCCGAGAGGAGCUCCUGCGGCGCAAGCUCAUCCACGAUGGUUGCCUGCUCUGGAAGACGGCGACCGGACGCUUCAAAGAUGUGCUCAUGCUGCUGAUGACAGAUGUGCUGGUGUUUCUCCAAGAGAAGGACCAGAAGUACAUCUUUCCUGUCCUGGACAAGCCCUCGGUGGUGUCACUGCAGAAUCUCAUCGUCCGGGACAUCGCCAACCAGGAGAAAGGGAUGUUUCUGAUCAGUGCGGCACCCCCGGAGAUGUACGAGGUCCACACGGCAUCCCGGGAUGACCGGAGCACCUGGAUCCGCGUCAUUCAGCAGAGUGUGCGAGUAUGCCCAUCCAGGGAGGACUUCCCCCUGAUUGAGACAGAGGAUGAGGCUUACCUCCGGCGUAUCAAGAUGGAGCUGCAGCAGAAAGACCGGGCGCUGGUGGAGCUGCUGCAGGAGAAGGUUGGGCUAUUUGCCGAGAUGACCCACUUCCAGGUGGAAGAGGAUGGCGGCAGCGGGGUGCCCCUGCCCACCCUGCCCAGGGGCCUCUUCCGCUCUGAGUCCCUUGAAUCCCCUCGUGGUGAGCGGCUACUGCAGGACGCCAUCCGUGAAGUGGAGGGCCUGAAAGACCUGCUGGUAGGGCCUGGAGUGGAGCUGCUCUUGACACCCCGGGAACCAUCCUUGCCCGUGGAACCAGAUAGCGGUGGUAACACGAGUCCUGGAGUCACUGCCAAUGGUGAGGCCAGAACCUUCAAUGGAUCCAUUGAGCUCUGCAGAGCCGACUCAGACUCCAGCCAGAAGGAUCGAAAUGGAAAUCAGCUGAGAUCUCCCCAGGAGGAAGCGUUGCAACGAUUGGUCAAUCUCUAUGGACUUCUGCAUGGCCUACAGGCGGCUGUGGCCCAGCAGGACACUUUGAUGGAAGCCCGGUUCCCUGAGGGCCCCGAGCGGCGGGAGAAGCUGACCAGAGCCAAUUCCCGGGAUGGGGAGGCUGGCAGAGUCGUGGGUGUCCCUGCGGCUCCUGAAAAGCAGGCUACGGAACUGGCACUCCUGCAGCGGCAGCACGCGCUGUUGCAGGAGGAGCUGCGGCGCUGCCGGCGGCUCGGCGAGGAGCGUGCGACCGAGGCCGGCAGCCUAGAAGCCCGGCUCCGGGAGAGCGAGCAGGCCCGCGCCCUGCUGGAGCGGGAGGCCGAGGAGGCUCGCAGGCAGCUGGCCGCCUUAGGGCACACAGAACCCCCACUCGUGGCUGAGGCCCCCUGGGCCCGCCGGCCUCUGGAUCCGCGGCGUCGGAGCCUCCCUGCUGGCGAUGCCCUGUACUUGAGUUUCACACCCCCACAACCCAGCCGAGGCCACGACCGCCUGGAUUUGCCUGUGACUAUUCGCUCCGUCCAUCGACCCUUUGAGGAUCGAGAGAGGCAGGAGCUGGGCAGCCCCGACGAGCGGCUGCAAGAUAGCAGUGACCCAGACACCGGCAGCGAGGAGGAGGGUAGCAGCCGUCUGUCUCCACCCCACAGUCCGCGAGAUUUCACCCGAAUGCAGGACAUCCCGGAAGAGACUGAGAGCCGAGAUGGGGAGCCUGUAGCUUCCGAGAGCUAA